AUGGAUUUAAAUGAAGAAGCUCUGAUAAAUGAGCCCUUUCAAGAAGAUUUGUACAAAUAUGUGCAAGAAAGCAAUGAGUGUAACUUGGAAAAUGAGGUUAGAGACGUAAAAUAUAUCCGUCCAACCAUAAAGAUUGGACUAACCACAAAGGAAGCGAAUCAGAGAAUCAUACUAAAACUAUCGGAAGUUUUAAACAAAUGUGAGAAAAAGAUAACCCCGAAACUGAUAUUUCUGGAACUGCAGAAGGCUGAUUUCAUAUUGACAAUAUUGGGAGUUUUAACACUGCUAGGUGAGAGGAUUUAUACAUGUUAUAUGAGUGUAAACGCAAACAUAUCUGGUGUAGGAUGUUUUAUAUAUUCGUCACUGACGAGUUAUAAUGAGACGAUAACGGAUGUGUGGGAGUACGUACUGGAGUUGCUAGUACUGAUCCCAUGGAUACUGCUUAACAUAUACAUUAAGAUCUUGAUUAAGAUCAACAACAUUAACAGGAAGAGUAACAGAAUAAGAGAGGUUUUGGAGUUCAUAUACUUUAAUCGCAACGUUAACACGUACGAGGCGGAGCACAAAAACUAUAACCUGGACCCGCCUUCGUCAGAUUUCAUAUCAGUGUACAGGAAUUACCAGUGGGUACGUCUGCCGAGGAACGUGAUUGCGAAGGGAGACGUGUUUAAGCUUAGCCUGAACCAGGAGUUCCCGUGCGAAAGUAAGCUGAUAUUGAAUUGCAAGAACGAUGAACUGAUAAUGAACGAGGAGGUGUACAAGGAAGGAGACAAGUGCACGUUCAUAGGAGAUAACACGGACCACGAAGCGUUCAUAGACGGCACGUUUCUGGCAGUUAGCGACUCGUUCUCUACGUACCUGGAAUACUACGUGGAAAACUUUAACAAUGAGCCCGCGCACGAAAGCUGGAAGGCCAAGAACCACGACUUUAACAACUACUACGGUUUUAAGUCGAAAGAGGCGAAUAGGAGAGAAGUUAUAUGGAACUACAACGACAACUACAUAUUUCUGAACAACAACAACAAGAUUCUGAUCAACAGAGUGGUGAUCAUGAUCAAUACGGCGAGACUGAUCAUACUGUUGGACUUCGUAGGGCUGGACCCGCUGUACAAGUUGUCGGAGCUCUGGGGAAACGUGAAGCUGCUGUCGAUCUUCGAAAAGUACCACGAACACAAGUUCAUGAAGGGGCUGGACUCGAUAAGGUCAGUGAGCUCGUCGUCGUUCCUGAGCAACUCGUCCUACGACUCGGAGAGCUCGGACCUGCUGGCGAAAGAGAUAACGUACUUGUACCAGUUUAGGCAGAUAAGAAGAGUGCUGAGAAAGGGCCUGUUUGACGACUACAGUCUGGUGAAGCACCUGAGCUGCGUAACGCUGCUGUCGUUCAUAGACGACAUAGGAAUACUGCUUAACAGUAAUCAGUCGCUGCAGGAAAUAUCGAUAAUAACGAAGAGAAGCACCUCGAUAAGCCUGGACACAGUGAAGAAGGAAGAAGAGGAAAAAGGAGGCGAGGAAAAGGAAAAAGAGGGGGCUAACCAGAAAACGAAUGACUAUGAGCCAAUAGAUCACUUCGAUAGCGCAGCAGGAACCACGAACCCAUUUAGAUUUGACACGAACCUGUACGACGAUUUCAAGGACAUGUACGCAGGCUCGGACCCGGACAAGGAAGGAGAGGGGGAAGAGGAUGACCUGCUGAUCCUGGAUGUGUACAACGACCCGAACCUGUACGGAAAGGACAACAUAAGGUUCACGACGGACCACGAAAAAAACUGCAGAAAUCAGCUUAAGCCACUAAUAUUUUCAAUGUCACUAACAGCGCUGCCAUCGUACAUGCUCUACGGAAGAAAGGGGCUGUACAGGAACUACAUAUCGACGCUGAUCAACAGUGAGCUGGACAACUUUAACAAUUGUUUGUGCACUCUCACGAACGUGCUGGGAAUAAAGAAGCUGUACCUGAAGCGCUACAAGCUGCUUAAGUUCGUGCUCUUCAACUACGGGCAGAAAACGUCGGAAGAAAGUGACUCUGUAAGACAAAGUUCACCAAGAGCAGGAAGGCACAGGAAGGCGAGGGACGAAGACGAAAGGCUGGAGGACGAGGACAGCAAAAUACUCCUCUACUUCUACAGAGACACGAACAAGAAGAUCAUCCAGAUGCUUAUCAAGUGCAGAAUGGCAGUGAUCAACAACUAUAAGCUCAACUACUACAACGGCAGCAAGAUCAUUAACCUGAACAAGAGAAUAAAGAGGAAGAUAAAGGACCUGAACAUACAGUGGCUCUCCAACGGAAUGAACACGUUCCUCUACUUCUACAAGCCGAUCUCGAUCAACGACUUUAACAUCUUUCUGCUCCUCCUGCCGUACAUAACAGUCUACAACAUAAGCGCCACGAAGCUCAGGGACAAACACAAGGAGCAGCCGAACAGGAGUAAGCUGAGCGGGCCGAAAAGGAACGAAAAGUUCAUGUUCAUGUACAAGAACAACCCGCUCUACUACAAGUACAAGGGCGUGAGCAUACGCCAGCUCGCGAGAAAGGAGACGCACAGGCUCACGAAGGAGAACGUGGGAAAGGACGUAAUGCUGGGGAGUUUCUUGGGGAAGAUGCUGAACUCGUACAUCAAGAACUCAAUCCUGCUGGGAAUGGUGGGAACGAAACACAGCCUCCCGAAGGAGCUGAGCAACAGAAUCAACGAUCUGCACGAGGCAGGAAUAAGGUUCGUGUACUUUUCGAAACACAACGAGAAGAUCACGAGGAUAGUGGGAGGGCUGCUGGGCCUGGAAACGUCCUGGAACUCAAUGAUAUCACUCUCGACAUCGGAAACGACCUCGUUCAUAAACCAGGAGGGGCACACGGUUCUGCCAAACGGGAUUGACAACAUAAGGCAGCACAUACAGCAGGUGGACGACAUACCACUGCAGGUCUCACUGUACUGCAACUGCAACUUCAGCAACAUAGGGGAGAUGCUGGACAUUUUGAACGAAAACGGAGAGAGAAUAAUGUGCGUGGGAUCAGGGCUGAACCCGAACAACUUUUACCUCUUCAACAACUCGCACAUUUCGUUUUCAAUAUCGCUGAAUUAUAAUCCAAUAUGCAAGUUUUGCAAAGGUAAAAGGUGGCAGGGGAUAUCUAAGGCGCACAUAUUCGAGGAGCCGAAGCCGGAAUUUAAAUUAUCAUCGCUGAUAACAUCGUUGACGUCAUCACUGCAAACGUCGCAGCUGUACAAAGUGAGCGACCCGGAGUUUAUAUUUGACAUGCUGUACGAGAUGUUCAAAGAAGCGAGAAGGAUGAGUACGAAUCUGCAGGAGUCAAUAUCGUUCAUGCUCUUGUCGUACUAUUCGCUCAUAUGGAUGUACUUCCUGCAAAAUUUGCUGUCACUCCCACCUGUCCUAUCAACCUUCGACUUUGUGCUGAUCGUAUUCGUCUAUAUACCGUUUUUGUCACUGACGCUGAUUUCAAACCCAGCAAUGGAUAAGAUUAUGGAGCAUCUGCCGAACAAGGUUAUACAGACAGGAAGGACAACCUUCAACCACUAUGUAAGGACGUAUUUGAGGCUGCUGGUUAUCAGUGUUUUUGUCGUUUUUGUAUACUAUAUACACAUGUACUAUUCGAACCUGUAUAUUAACGAUAAGUACCUGUUAAACAACCAGUACUGCAGGCAUUUCUUCUACUACCCUCGAUAUCGAUGCUUUGAGCCCUUAAUUGACUUUCUGAGCAAGGAAAAGGGAUACGACAAGUACGUGUGCAUCGUCCUAUCGCAGCAGUUCACGUCGAUCUCAUUCGUCGUGUUCCUGGUGGUCUCGUCGCUGUCCUGGAUCCACAAGUACUCGUACAUUAACCUCGACACGUUCAAGAACAUAAAGUGGAUCGUAGCAGUGGUCAAGAUCACGACGGUCCAGAUAGCAGUGGUGGCUAUUAGACUGCUCCUGCUCAGCCUGGGCGACACCAAGAUGAUGAAGAUGAUGAUAGUGAACACGAGCUACUCACUGCUGUUAGUGAUUCCAAUACUGCUCGUGGACGAGUUCGUGAAGUUCUUCAUAAUCAAGAACAAAAACACGCAGCAGAAGUUUCUAAAGCUGCUGUUCUCCACGAGGUUGGGAACAUGGUCGCCCAAAUAA